UCCGCCUCCAUUUUUUCUUGUUUUAUUCCCCCCCGCGCCCGCCCGCUUAUAUUUUUUGCCUUCGCCCUUUUUCUCGCAUGAAUCUCCUCGACCCCUUCGCGAAGAUGACCGAAGAGCAGGAGAAGUGUCUGUCCGGCGCUCCCAGCCCGACCAUGUCGGAGGAUUCCGCGGGGUCCCCCUGCCCUUCGGGCUCCGGCUCGGACGCCGAGAACACCAGGCCCCAGGAGAACACCUACCCCAAGAGCGACCAGGACCUGAAGAAGGAGAGCGAGGAGGACAAGUUCCCGGUGUGCAUCCGGGAAGCCGUCAGCCAGGUCCUCAAGGGCUACGACUGGACCCUGGUGCCCAUGCCCGUCCGGGUGAACGGAUCCAGUAAGAACAAGCCCCACGUGAAGCGCCCCAUGAACGCCUUCAUGGUGUGGGCUCAAGCGGCGCGGAGGAAGCUGGCCGACCAGUACCCGCACCUGCACAACGCCGAGCUGAGCAAGACGCUGGGGAAGCUCUGGAGGUAA